UCGGAGUGAAGCCAGAGGCAGCGCAGCGUUCGAAAGUACUGCAAUAACCCGGCGUCGGUCGCCGCCACGCACCGCAGAUUCGGUGCCUCGAUAAUGUCCGUCUUCUCUACGAUCGGACGAGUGACGGCCAAAAAGCAUUCGACUGUUAGACAAGGUUUGUCGAAGAAGACUCGAGGGCGGUCGGAUGAUGUUCCCAGCUCGUCCUUCCAUUAUAAAACGUUGUACCAGGUGCAUUAAGCCACAACCCCUCGCGGCUUCCAUCCGAGUUGCUUGACGGACCGGUUGCUUCAUGAAGUCGAUCAGAAUCAAGGAUUUAGGUGAGAGUGUGAAGAUUGUCUACGUUUCGGUGGAUCCCUGUUAGCAGUGGCCCCCACGAGCUGAACAGGUCGGUAUUCAAGAUCCGAGCCCCACAGGCUCGACUGUGCUACGAAGAUCUCCAUAAUGCAGGAGAAAAGCGAAAAGAGUGAAUAGCCGCAGGAGGAAGACAUCGGGACCUUCUAUUCACGCAAGACGACUAGGAGGGCGACCGCGAGGGAUGAAGUUCGAGGCGCCAGAUGGGGCCAGGCAUGAACCACCCAGCGCUCUUGCGAGUCGAUGAGAACUUCGUUCCACAGAAACGGCUACGACAGCGCAAAGGCGCGCCACCUCCGCGACACUUGGCUCGCAGUCCACGGCGGGUGGUAAGCAGAGGGAGGUCACAGCCACCCAAGAAUCGCGAGUGGGCUAAAUGUGACAUGACGAGAGCUGCUGAAGAUCCCUCAAGUGUAAUUCGCUAUCGCUUCGUUCAGGAAGGGGGUGGUUUUGAGCGAGGCAGGAUGCAAUCAUCUCAGGUCCAAGUUACACCGAACUGCAUACUGGGCAUCCGUACGUCUCACGCCAUCCAAGUCGGCCUUCCUCAUGCAAACAGGCGACGCCUGGCUUGAGUCUGCAGACUCGUCGCCCACAAACCUCGUAUUGGUAACACGCAUAUCCCGGUCGAGGUCGGAGAAGCGUUAUGGAUAUCCUCAGUCAGCCGGCACAUAGAUCGGGAUUACCUGUCUCUCUCGGGCAUCGGCCAUUGGAUUGUGGUAUAAAUGCUCGCAGCUUGAGAACACAGAGCUAUCAGCCCACCAAGUCUCCCAAUCCACUAGAGAUGUUUUACCCAACUUUCAACGCCCAAACCACUGCCGAGGAGGUCGCCACAGCUUUCGCCGACCAGAUCAAGGGCAAGAAUGUCCUUAUCACUGGAACGUCUCUGAAUGGGAUCGGCUUUGAGGCGGCGCGCGUCAUAGCUAAAUACGCCCAUCUCGUCAUCAUAACAGGCUACAAUCAGGAGCGAUUGGAGCUUGCGCGAGCUGAACUGGAGAAGGAGAGCCCCAAGGCCGAGAUCCGGCCACUGGUUCUCGAUCUCGCGUCACUCGAAGACGUGCGCAGGGCAGCUGUCGAGGUCAACGCGUACACCGAGCCCAUCCACGUCUUGGUCAACAACGCCGCCGCCGCAAUCGGCAGUUUCAAGCUCACCGUGGACGGCUUUGAAAGCCAAAUGGGCACGGACCAUCUCGGCCCGUUCCUCUUCACGGCCCUCAUCACGCCGAAGAUCCUCGCCGCGCGCACCGCGACGUUCAUUCCGCGGGUGGUCUUCGUCUCGAGCACCGUGCACACUUACUUUCCAUUGGAUCUGGAGACGCUGGCCAAACUCGAUCCGAAGUCGUACACUGCGGUAAAUGCGUACGCCCAAGCCAAGGUGGCGAACGUGCUCACCGCGGCGGAGAUUUCGCGGCGGUCCAAGGGGCAGAUCAACGCGUACAGUCUCCACCCUGGAGUUAUCUUCACCAACAUCAAUCAGAAGAAGGAAGCGAACGAAAUGGGGAAGGAGGUGGGCAUCCUCCUCCCCGACGGCACGCCCAACCACGAGGCCGCGCCGUGGAAGUCGAUUCCGGCGGGUGCUGCGACGACUGUGACUGCCGCGUUCGACCCGCGCCUGGAGAGUGUUCCGGGCGCGUAUCUCGAUGAUUGCGUCGUUGCGAACGAGAAGAUUGCGCCGCACGCUGCUGAUCCUGUCGUUGCUGCAAAGCUGUGGGAGAUCACGGAAGAGCUUGUCGGUGUCAAGUUCAACUUUUGAAGAUGUCAUACGUAUCUAGAUUACAUUUUGCAAUGGUAGCACAGUUAGCCUGAACGAUGAAGUCGUC